UUUUUCAUACACCGUCAUCCUUCCUCGCGCUCCAGCAUCACUCCCUGGCAACAGCAGCGAUGGCGGAGCCCGUAGCAGCAGCAUCACCCCCCCGGAGCCCGGGCCUCUCUCCCGCAGCCAGCCCGGGCUCGGAGCCUCCAUCCUUAGCGCUCUCCCCCACGGCGGAUGGCUCCCAGCGGCUGCUGUUCUCCCACGACCUGGUGUCAGGGCGGUAUCGCGGCUCGGUGCGGUUCGGCCUCGUACGGAUGAUUCACGGCGAGGAGGACUUCAACUCGGACUCGGACCUCGAUGAUGGCGGAGGGAGAGGAGGCGGAGGCGGCGGUGGAGGAGGAGGCGGUGGAGGCGGUGGAGGCGGAGGACGAGCCCCGGGUGGCUCGGACACGGAAAGCCCAGUGGACACCCUGACUCGGCCUCUCGGGAGGGGAUUUGUCCGCGUCCAGUGGUACCCUGAAGGAGGGAAGCAGGACAUCAGAGAGACAAAGCUGAAACUUGAAGACCGAUCUAUCGUCAUCCGAGACAUCGUGCGACGGAACAAUUCUAACGACAACCAGUGUGGCAUUGUGACCAACAUCGACAUCGAGUGUGCGGUGAAACUGGUGGGAACAAAUUGUGUACUGUAUCCAGUUAACAGCAAAGACCUGCAGCAUAUCUGGUCUUUUAUGUACGGUGACUACAUCGCCUAUGACUUCUGGCUGGGGAAAGUGUACGACCUGACUAAUCACAUCAUCCUCCAGCUCUCCAAUGGAGCCAGGUGCUCAAUGAGUGUGGAAGAUGGUGCCAAGCUUUACGACGUCUGUCCACAUGUCAGCGAUUCGGGUCUGUUCUUCGAUGAGGCGUACGGUUUCUACCCAGGCCAGGUCCUGAUUGGUCCAGCCAAAGUCUUCUCUAACGUACAUUGGCUGUCAGGGGUCAAACCUGUGCUCAGCAGGAAGUGCAAGUUCAGGGUGGUGGUAGAAGAGGUAAAGGUUGUUGAACUGAAGGUGACGUGGAUCACCAAGAGCUACUCUCCCAAAGGCUCUGACAGCGUCUAUCCACCUCCCUCCACCAUCACACAGGAGAAUCUCUGCAGGGUGAGGCGUCUUGGCUACUAUGACCACACCCAAAGGCAGCUUGGAGAGAGGGCUCUUUACAUCUUCCCUGCCAAGGGGGACGCCACACGCAUCACAUGUGAAGGACCGGAGGGUGCCCCUGUCCUGCCAGAGGACCCUGUGGCCAGAAGGUUGAAAAGAAUGUUCAAGAAGGAUUUGGGAAAGAAGACGGAGAACGCAGACACACAAGGUGAGCACAAAUCAGUGCAGACAGACUCAUCUCAUCCCAACAACAAUGGGCCUGUGCAGAACACUCCCGACUCCCAAAACAUUGACACCUCUGCCGAACACGGGGAGCAGGACGCUGACGACGAGGCUGCAGAUGACACUGACGACACCAGCUCUCUCACAUCAUCUGCAAGCUCCACAGCUUCCUCUCAGAGUGGCGGUUUGGGAACGAACCGCAAGAAGAGCAUCCCACUCUCAAUCCGCAACCUGAAGAGGAAGCACAAGAAGAAGAGGACCAAGUUCUCCCGCGAGUUCAAGCCUGGUGACCGGGUUGCAGUGGAAGUUGUGUCCACGAAGACCACGGCCGAUGUGAUGUGGAAGGAUGGGCGAGUAGAGAAAGGGAUCCGAUCAAAUGACCUCAUCCCCAUCCAGCACCUCGACAGCCACGAGUUUUGUCCUGGGGACUUUGUAGUAGACAAACGACCCCAAGCCCUCCAGGACCCAGGGGUGUAUGGUGUGAUCCAGUCUGGCGAUCACAAGGGCAGAACAUGUGUUGUUAAGUGGAUCAAACUGAACUCCUCCAGUGACGACGUGGAGGUUAUCGGUAUAGAGGAGGAUGUCAGCGUGUACGACAUCUCGGAUCACCCAGACUUCCACUUCCGCACCACCGAUAUUGUCAUCAGAAUAUGGAACUCGGAGAACGGACAGAACGACUGCGAAAAUGAGACGUCGGUAGGCCAGGUAUCCAGGGUGGAUGUGAGCAGCAAAGUGGAGGUAGUGUGGGCGGACAACUCCAUGACUAUCGUCCUGCCACAGCACCUCUAUAACGUGGAGUCUGAGAUCGAGGAGACCGACUAUGACUCGGUGGAGGAGACGAGCAGCGUCCUGUCCACUGAGGAGUGGGAGGAUGAGAGCGACAGCUGGGAGACAGACAAUGGUGUCACCACUGAGGACGACAGCCACAUCAACAAUGCAGAUGUCGCUGACACAGUGACCCCGACCCCCACACCCACUGGCAACACCACGUUCAUCAUCCCACCUCAAGAGGGCAACAAAGCUGGGGUCACCAGCCCCACUAAAGCAGUGUCUGGAGAGGAGGGGGAAGCGUCUGUGGCUGCCGCUAGUCCUGCUGCUGGAGGAGGAACCACUCCAGGAGGAGCUGUCAAUGGAGCGGAGAAGCCCUGUAAAGAUGGCGCCUCUCGAGGCUUCAGGGAGUUGAAAGAGGCCCUGAAGAUCCUGGAGAGCCUUAAGAACAUGACUGUGGAGCAGCUCUGGACCGGCGGCUCUCCAACCUCCCCAACCUCUGCCGAACCCGCUUCCACAGCUCAUGUAGCAAGUUCGGUGACGCCCACUGCCCCCGAGAAACCAACCAAGGAGAAACGCUUCCUAGACGACAUUAAGAAGCUACAGGAGAACCUGAGGAAGACGCUGGAUAACGUGGCCAUCGUGGAGGAGGAGAAGAUGGAGGCUGUGGUGGAAGCAGGAGGGGGUGCAGGAGCAGGAACGGAGGUCGAGAGAGUUGGAGAGGAGAAGCCUCAGCAGGACCCACAGACACCAGUGAGUGGACAAGAAUGGCCCAGCGAGUUUCUCAGCGACACGCCUGUACUGUGCCAACAGAGCGGUGGCAAACCUGGCGUCACCUUUACCAGUGCCAAGGGAGAGGUGUUCUCUGUGCUGGAAUGGGCACCAGACACACACUCCUUUAAGAAAAUGGAGUUUCAGCCGGCGGAGGCCAAGAAGUUCUUCAGCACAGUGAGGAAGGAAAUGGCUCUGCUAGCGACGUCACUGCCAGACGGCAUCAUGGUCAAAACCUUUGAAGAUCGCAUGGAUCUGUUCUCAGCUCUGAUCAAAGGGCCGACUCGUACACCCUACGAGGAGGGUCUGUUCCUGUUUGACAUCCAGCUGCCCAACAUCUACCCAGCUGUGCCACCUCUGUUUCGCUACCUGUCUCAGUGCAGCGGCCGCCUCAAUCCCAACCUCUACGACAACGGCAAGGUGUGCGUGAGUCUGCUGGGCACUUGGAUCGGCAAGGGCACUGAGAGGUGGACCAGCAAGUCCAGUCUGCUGCAAGUCCUCAUCUCCAUACAAGGCCUUAUCCUCGUCAAUGAGCCUUACUACAAUGAGGCUGGCUUCGACAGUGACCGAGGCCUACAGGAGGGAUAUGAGAACAGCCGCUGCUACAACGAGAUGGCCCUGAUCAAGAUGGUCCAGUCUAUGACGCAGCUCCUCCAGAAUCCCGUGGACGUUUUCAAGCAGGAGAUCCAGGAGCACUUUGUUUUGAACGGCUGGCGGCUCGUCCACCGCCUUGAUGCGUGGCUUGAAUUGAACGAUGCUGUUGAGAGGAGUCACGCAGCACACGUGUCCUCCAGGCCUCACCACUCCAAGGAGCGACCUUCAUCUGUGGAGCCUUUGGAUGAACAGCUGCCUCUAGGAUCAGUGUCAGUGGCCCACAGCAGCCCCUGUAAGCCUGGGGAGGAGGGGGUCACAGGAGCAGGUGUCACCAGUAUUAUGGAGGAGGAGCUGGAGGAUUCAGGGCUGAGCCCCUCCACUACAGCGGCCUCUCAGCAGGAGCUGAGCCAGAACUCAGACUGCGACAGCACCCAGGGUAACACCUCUCUGGGUGGUGAAAAUAAGGGCUCUGGUUCUGUAGUCUGCAGUGGGACGUCAGAAUCAGGUUCUGCCACGGUUGGGGCAGGAGGGGCGGGCUCCACAGGAAGCCAGCCAGUGGUGCGACCAAAGAAACGGAGAAAGAGCUACCGGAGUUUCCUCCCGGAGGGCAGUGGCUACCCGGACAUCGGCUUUCCGCUCUUCCCGCUCUCUAAAGGGUUUGUGAAGAGCGUUCGAGGUGUGCUGAAGCAGUACCGAGCUGCGCUGGCCACCGCUGCCAUCCCCGAUCACAUAGAGGACAAGUAAGUGCCUCCUCACCUGCUCCCCAACACACCCCUGCACUGUUCCCUUCGCUUUUACUCCUCUUCUACCUUUUCAUCUGCCUCAAGCUGUAGAGGAGGAUCCAUUACUUGUCUGGAGGGGGCUACAACUUUCUUCUGUACGCCUGUUCAGAGCUGCACUGUGCCCCCAGCACUGCCCACAGUUUUUCUCUUUGCCUCCAUUUCUUAGUCUUUACUGCCCCAACUCCACAACGCUUUGCCUUUUUUUUCCCCACAAUUCCUCUCGAACAAACCAUGACAGCAGGAGAGCAGCACCUUUCAUCAGGAGAGUGAGCAAGUCCUGGUUUGGAUGCGACCUGAUAAUGUAUUUGUUCUCCUUCAGUGUCCCUGCAGAUAUGUGCGACGGAUAAAGGGCGGUGGACCUCACAAGCACUCUGUCACGCAGAAACGCUCAUCUCUCAUGGACGCUUCACGCAGGUAAACACACAGAGCUUCUCCUGGAGGCAGAUUUUUUCUUGGCCUUACCGGGACUUGAACUUGAGUGGCCAAGUGAUGUGGAUGCAAAAAAGGACUGAAUGAUAUGAAAAAUCUGUGCCAUGAACCCUUCUCCACCUCCCUCAUCCACAUAGCAGCCUCCAUCAUAUGGGCGGGGAUUUGCUGGAUCACCACCGCCGUCUCAAUCAGGCUGAAAAACGUCACGCAGACUGGUGAUUUUCGCUAUAUUUCAGACGAGUUCAAAGACGGCUGGGUUCCACUGAAAAACUGCAAAGCCGAGCUUUCCUGGCUGCUGGGUCAACUGCGGCUAUCUGUAGCACUACUGAUACACUUGCUGUACCAUCCUGCACUACAACAAACACAUGGACAAUCUGGUCUUGGGAGAUGUGACGCCAUAUGAAUAAAUAUGCCAACCAGAAGGACUCUUUAAAUAGAAAUCACUGGUUGUACGCUUUCUGCCAAAUUCUCUUUUUCCACAAAAACACACUCACACAAAUAUUCAAGUAGAACGUACUGAAUGUCAGUAAAACUGCCAACCACGACAGCUUCGCCACUUCUUCCACGACACUUGCUGUUAUUUCCCUUCGCCAAUCACUCGCAACCGAACCACGCAGCAAAACAUCGAGUGACAAAGUUUACACGCGGAUCACCUCUGGAGGUCACACAGCUGGAGCUGAUUUGGUGUGUAGAAACCAGUCAGGUGGCGUCAUGUGAAGCUUCACAAAGCCGUCGCCUCCACGUACAAAAGUUUAAAUCGCUCUCUGAGGAAGUUAGCAAAGUCAGCGGUGUUUCGAUGCGUUAGACGUCAUUGCACUCAGAGGCUGAAAUGUAGGUUUCAGACUGGAGUUUUACCCACAAUGCUCCACUCCUCCCUCCAGGCUUCACUCGGUGGGCGACGGAGGUGAAUCCACAUCACUGCAAAUGACACAAUUUAAAGAAUUAAAUAGAGAAAAAAAACGAUACCUGCAUCCAUUCCGUCAUCUCAUGUCAACAUGUUGCCUUACUUGAAUUGUUCUUAAUGAUCUCAGACCAUCGUGUACAGAGCUGCUUGUGUCACGCUUUAGACAUUAACCCACACCGGCCUAAACACACACUCGAAGACCACUAAAGACCACUAAAGCCGCGCUCCAGUGUUUUUCCUCCUUCAAUAGUGCAGAUUUUAAUCAUCAGUCUCUCACACCGCGGCCAUUGAUGUAUUCCUUUUCUCCAAAUUGCACGUGCAGAGUUUAAUCACAUUACAAACCACAGCAAGUGUGACGCUGAAGAUUUGUUGAUAUAAUUAUGAUCGAUUUAUUAUUUUCUAUUCUGUGUUGUUGGGUUUUUUUUCCUGAUUCCAGCUCCUUAUCCCACGAAGAUGUCUUGUAUUUUACUUGAACAAAGAACUUUGAUGCUGAAGAGUGUUUCUGAAUGAGAGCACGUUGUGCCAUUGUGAAACUAUGAGUGAUGGGAGAGGAUAAAAACCAUGAGUCAAGAGUUGCUGCAUUUUAAAGAGACUUAAAAAACAAAAAGAGGUCAUGAAUGAAGGUAUUUUGUUUUGUCUUCCAGCCCCCCCCCCCUCCUCCCAAAAUCCCCACUAUCCACUCCUAAACUGGCAUUCCUGUACCAUAUGUGGCAAUCAGGCUUCCAUGACAUUUUGUCCUCUUCCUGGAUUUUACUUCAUUUAUUUCACUGCCUUUAAUGCUACAGAGGGAGAUGUGUCGUCUUCUUCACUGGCUGCUGUAGCUGUAGCAUGUAGCCUUGUCUGCUUUCUUGUCUUUCUUUCUUUUUUUCUGCACCCCUUCCCUCCCCCUUCCUACAUGCUGCUGUUUGUAAAAUGUCACCGUCUCAAUUCUCGGAAGAGUGUGUUUUUUUCCCCACCUUUUCUCCUAAAUUCAGAAAAAAGUAAGGACCAAAGAGUGACAGUGUUUUGGAAAGUACACACACACACACACACACACACACACACACAGCUCCACCAAGAAUUGAGAGGUGACUUUAUUGCCCCAUUUUUCACCCUCCUUUGUUGACACUCGCAGAAACAGAAAAUGUGAAGCUAUCUCGCUAGAUCUGGAAGCAAAGUCGGGCAGGAUAUUAAGCACAUGAUGCUAUGUACAAUUUUCUGUGUAUGUGUGUAUAUUAUUCAGAUUUAAACCAUUAUUAUUAAUUAUUAUUAUUAUCAUUAUUAUUAUUAUUAUUAUUGCGAGAAGUUUGUUUUACAGCCAAAGCAUGUAACAUGUUGCUUUAAGCCUUUUGAAUGGGCUACACACAAGACUUGACUGUAUGAUGUCUACAUUUCCACAGUGGCCUGUUAUUGAUAUAUUAAAAAAAAGAACUAAUAAAGUUAUGAUUUGUAGCCUGAUUCCCUCUGUACAGACAUCAUGACUAUAUUGAAAUCUAUCAAUACAAACCGUGUAUAUUUAACACAAACUUAAGUUCUAACAA